AUGAACGGAGGAAAAAUUUGGGAUUGGGCAUGGGUGAGAGCAUUAAAUGGGGACAUGGAAAAACAUGAAAUGGAAGAGCUGGAAAUGAGGCUGCAACAACAUCUAGUAGUUUAUAACAAUGACGUAUGGUAUUGGAGCAGUUCCGAGCAACAAUGUUUUAAUGUGAAAGACGCACGACAAUCGCUGAGUAAUCAACUAGAUUUAAAUGAACAGGCUUACGAGUUUGUAUGGAACAAAUGGGCACCGGGAAAGAGUCUAAUGUUUGUAUGGAAGGCUGUUGAAGAAAAGGUACCAACAACAACUGCACUAAGGGGUGGAGGUGUGAAUCUUCAAAAUGUAAUUUGUCAGACUUGUGGUGCAGCUGAGGAAACUGCUGCUCAUGUGUUGUUACAAUGUAAUUUUGCAAAGAGGGUUUGGGAAGAAAUAGUAAAGUGGACGAAGAUACCGGCGGCCAACACCGAAGGAAACUUAAAAGAACUUUUACAGGAGCUGAAUGAUUUGCAAAGGAGUCGGAAAAUGAGGAAAGCCAUACAUGCAAUAGCAAUACAAACAAUGUGGACCAUAUGA